AAAGAUAUUUAAUCAGUGUAUUUUUAAUGCUCAUUGAAAUUAAUAGUUUCAGUGAAAUAUAAUCGUUAAUUUUAUUAUGUAAAUUAAAUAAAACUUUAAACAAGAUGUCCAAAAAUUCAAGAUUAAUUUUCAUACUGCUGCUGUAUUACGUCACACAAAGCAAAACAAAUGAUGUAUCACUGUUAAAUGAACAAUCAGAGCAACCUACACAUAUCGAUUUACUAAACCUAAACGAUAAUCACGAUUUAUUUAUCACCGAUAACGUUGACCAUCAAACAAACGAACAUCAACAUCAUCAUCGCAGACGUCAUCACCAUGGAGAAAAAUUAAAAUAUUUUAAUUAUUGUCGUUACAUACGUAAUGAAGAUUGUAACAAUGAUAAAUGUUGCCAUAUUGAAUGUGCUAAAGCGAACCUAGAGCAUAAUGAUCAACGGAAAGUAUGUCGUCAUAAUUGUGUACAACAUUGUCAAAAUUAUUUAAUUGAUAAAUAUAAUGUGAAAAUUGAUGUUACUGAACAUCCAUCACCAAAAGAUCAAGGUCCAGGUGGAAUUAUUGAGAUGAUAAAUAAUACACAGGAUCCGAAUAGUAUAACGCCAGAUCAAGCAUUAUGUUGUUUCAUUGAUGUGCCAGAGAAUUGUAAACAAAUUUCACAGCAUCCAUUCGUUCAAUGUGAAAUCAAACGAAAAUCAACUUGCGGACCACAAUGUUUAAAAAAAGUUGUCGAUAUCAAUUACCAAACGGGCGUUAUUUAUCAACCAACAACACCGCAAAUUUUGCCAUCAUACCAAAUAAUAUACAAUCAACCACAAUUAGCUUAUCCAAAUUACAACUAUUAUCCAUUGCAACCAUAUUACCAAUAUCCGUAUUACCAAAAUUCAUAUUACCAAGAUCCUUACCAAAAUUCAAAUUACCAAUUUCCUUACCAAAAUUUAUAUUACCAAGAUCCUUACCAAAAUUCAAAUUACCAAUUUCCUUACCAAAAUUCAUAUUACCAAUAUCCUUACCAAAAUUCAUAUUACCAAUAUCCUUACCAAAAUUCUUAUUACCAAUAUCCUUACCAAAAUUCUUAUUACCAAAAUUCAUAUUGCCAAAAUCCGUAUUACCAAAACUGUAACUAUCAAAAUCAAUAUUACCCGAAUCUAAUAUAUUAUUAUCCACCAAUUCCACAAUACCCGCCGAUAGGCUCGCAACCCACUACAACGACUACUAGACCAGUGGAAACAACAACAGAAAAUAAUUCCGGACAAGAUGGUGAACGGCCAAAAGAUUAUCAAAAUGAUGGUGAAUCGAAUGAUUUACCAAAUGAUAUUUUACCUGAAAAUGCUGAUUUAUCUAAAGAAAUUACAACGGAAGCUAAAAUUUUUUAGAAAACAUUUUUGAGUUAAAUAACUUUUCAUUUAGAGUAAUUUUAUG